AGACUGUGUCCUUCGCCUUGUGUGCGCUGGUGCUCGUGGACUGCACCGACCCAGCUCUAGGACCCUCGACCUCGCCUCCUCUUGCAACUAUAUUGAUAGCGAGACCCUCGGGGAAAUUAUCGAACGAAAUGAUUAACAUGAGACUUCUGGCGGUAUUGGGCGCACUAGCGUUCCUGGGUAUGGGAGUAUCGGCCACAGAGCCGCCCGUCAGCCCCUGGCAGGCCCUCAACCCGUCGCUAGCCGAGAAAACGCCAUACGAAGAGCCAGAAGACAUUGAAGCAGAGGAGACCUACGAGCCAUCCACCCUCGAAGCCAACGACACCACCUAUCUCACACCUGAAGAGGAGUACCUCAUCUCCAAUAUUCCUAUUAAGCUGCCCUUCAAGAUGGAGAAGAAGCAAUUGGCAGUGGCUAUGAAGCUCCUGAAGGAGGCCGCGAAGCCCAUCAUCAAGAGCAAAACGCUCCGGCAGACGGUGGCGUAUUUAGACAGUGCGCUAGGCGCUUACAGUGAGGACCUGGAGCUACAGAUGUAUAUGACCCUACUCUUUGACUCGCUGCAAGACCUGUAUGAAGGCAAGGAAGCUGUCCAGCUCCACAAGAUAAUGAGAGGAUUCUUUACCGAUAUCAGCGAUGAGGCAACCGCACGAGCCAUUGACGAUGUGUGGCGGUCGACCCUGGAGCUGGUCUACGACCCGGUGAGGAACUACGUCGUCCAGCCCGUCAACAACUACCUCGUCGGGCCUAUCAGUACCGCCGUCAAUGGCUUCGCUGAGCGCAUCGGCAAAUGGAUGGGCAACAGAAAACACUACGUCAACGUCCAGUACCCCGAGUCCUACGCCAGAUGGAGUGACGCAAUGAGUUCAUAUGCCAGUCGCCUGUCUGACUGGACCAGCCAAGCUCGUCAGGGGAUAGAACUGGCCGCCAGGAUGCUGGAGGCACAGGACCAGGCCCGUUCCUGCGUCACUGACUGUAAACCUCACUCCGUCAGCGAUGUUGGCUCAACUGCUGAGUAAUUCCUACGUUUCAUAUGGCGACAACGAUGCCUACAAGCAGUACUCACAACACAAGUCCACGUAGAGAAGCACUUCCACAAGCCUCAAUUCGGUGCCAAGAAAAAAUUGCACAAUUCACUCUAUAGAGAAAUCUUUUGCGAGGCUCCAGCUGGUCCUGGCCUUCCAAUUGAUGUUUAGCUAAUUUAUGUACUUUAUAAAUUAUCAUUCUUUUCGAAGGAUGUAACAAUACCUUUUUUUUUUGUUCAUCAUAUUGACGACUGCGUUACCGGAUCGGUGACUCUGCCCGUCUACACAUUAUGUAAAAAAAACAUUUUGUUUUCAAUUCCAUAAAACUCAAUAUUGAAAUCAGUUUUUCUAGUUAAUAUCCCACAUUGUCUCUAGAUUAAUUCACUGUUUAUAUUAAACCCAAAACAUUUAUUCAUUGUUACCCCAUUAUCUUGCCGUCCCAUGGUAACUGUGAGUGGCUAGAUUCUUCUUCCAAUCCACUUGGAAUGAGCUCUACCUCAGUCUCCACCCUCCACACUCACUGACAAAUAUUCAGGUCUAAGUCACUGUUUUCUUGACAGUGACUGAAAAAGGACUGCUGUAGCUUGUUGUUGCCACGACAUGGUGAGAGAUUCUGUCUCUCUCACCUCUUUUUCUUACCUCAUUAAUGCUGUUUGAGCCAAAUUUGUUGUUGAGGGGCUUGAAGACUGCUGCUCUUCAAAAAAGUGCCUAAUUUUUCUAUAACUUUUAAGAAAUUAGACUUUAGUCAUUUUGACACAAGACUGAUAAUUUCAAGUCUAUUUCUAUACACGCACACACACACACAUUAUAUAUAAUAUAUAUAUAUAUAUAUAUAUAUAUAUAUAUAUAUAUAUAUAUAUAUAUAUAUAUAUAUAUAUAUAUAAUAUAUAUACAUUAUAUAUAUCAGAACUCGACUCUGAGACUUUCUAAAACGGGUGACUAUUUCUUCACAUGACUAAAAACGAGACCAAAGACAUUAAAGUUAAUUUAAAUAGUUAUGAUACUCUCUGACCUGGCGCACUCAUACAUCUGCUACAAUUCUCAGAACGUAGUUUUCUUCAAUAAUAUGUGAGCCUUUAAUCAAAUCAACAUUUUUGCUGCCAUCAAAACUUCGUUCAACAAAUACACUGUUGAACAUCUGAAGAAAGGUGUAAACAUAGUUUUUUUAUUUUGUUUAAUGAAUAUUUGGCCAUUUAAAUCCUGAAUUCUUAAGUGCAUUACAUUGCAAUUUCAAUAGCUAUGCCCUCAGAGACACAAACUGUAUACCUGGUAAUAUCAACAUCAUGUUUAGUUAUAAUCUAUACUAAACUAUAAUAUAGUAUGGUAUAGACUAUAGUGCGCGUAUAACAGGCUCACACACACACACACAAAAUUUUUUUACUAAUCAUAUAUUGUUAUUAUUUAUUCAUAUAUUUAUUUCCUGUAACUACCUUAAAAUCAUCAGGAUUAAAGCUCUGGGUUCCUAACUUUAUCCUACUCUCCCUUGAGUGGACGAGCGACGCCGUUACUGUUAUUGAUGUAUAUAUCAAGUAGACUUUUACAAUAAACAUUUAUUUGUUCU